UCGUGCUCUGGAAAUACAUGAAAUCCGGCGUGCCUUGUGCAACUAAGACCCGUUCCUGUCUAAGCAUUUUAAUGAGCGUAAGCCCCCGGGAGGAGUAGUCGGAACUCAACCAAAGUCAGCCCCGUGGGAAACAAAGCUCUCCGGCUGCUCGCGGUCCCAGACAUGCAGCCGUUCACCUUUGCCGCUGCUCUUUUUCUCCUGCUCCACGUCUCCUCCGGGAGUGCAGAGGCUCAUAGGCACUACCGACAAGUCCUUACUGGAAACCAAGCAGGUGUGUGUCGCUAUGGCAGGAGACUGGAGUGUUGCUAUGGCUGGAAGAAAAACAGCAAAGGACAGUGUGAGGCUCAGUGUGAGCACGGCUGCAAGCACGGAGAGUGUGUUGGCCCCAACAAAUGCAAGUGUUUCCCUGGAUACACCGGCAAGACGUGUAAUCAAGAUCUGAAUGAGUGCGGCCUGAAACCUCGUCCCUGUGAGCAUCGCUGCAUGAACAGCUAUGGAAGUUACAAGUGCUACUGCCUCAACGGUUACACCGUAAUGCCCGAUGGAUCUUGCGCCAAUUCCAGGACAUGCUCUCUUGCUCACUGUCAGUAUGGUUGUGAGGAAGUUCAGGGGGAGAUCCGCUGCCUCUGCCCAUCUGCAGGGCUGCAGCUUGGGCAAGAUGAGAGGACUUGUGUAGAUAUUGAUGAAUGUGUGACCGGGAAGAAUCUCUGCCCAUACAACAGACAGUGUGUGAACACCUUUGGCAGCUACUACUGCAAGUGCCAGGAGGGCUACGACCUGAAAUAUGUAGACGGCAAAUAUGACUGUGUAGACCAUGAUGAGUGUGCAACUGGCACCCACAAGUGCAGCCACCAUGCUGACUGUCUGAACACUCGAGGAUCCUACAAGUGCAGGUGCAAGUCUGGCUUCAGGGGCAAUGGCUUUGAAUGCUCUGUCAAGCCGUUUUAUCAGAGGUCGUGGGAUGGAGACAAAGGCAGUGCAGAUGAUUUCCUCAAUGCCAUCCCAGACUCCCAAGUGAGGCCCGGGAUUCUGGGAGGUAAGCUGGACGGCGAGGACAUCAAAAAUGCUAUUCCUGAACCAGUCGCGACGCCGCCCCCUAAGAUCCGCCAGCAACCGUUUGACUAUGAAGGAGAGGUCUACAUUGGCACCCAGACUGAGGAGAGACGGGAGGAUGAAUUUCCUAAAGAAGAGGAGGAGGAGGAGGAAGAGGAAGACAACCAGCUCAAUCCAAGAGGAGAUGUUUUCAUAUCAGAGGACUUUGAAUCGGUGUUCGGCCCGGCCACAGAAGUCAAAAAAAUCCAAAUAACACCAGUUCAGGAAGAGUUUAUCAUGGAUUGCAACUUUGAUCAGGGAGCAUGUGAGUGGGUCCAAGACAAGGGUGAUGACAUAGACUGGAGUGUCGCCUACCAUGAUGAUGGUGCUGAGUACUACAUGGCCAUGAGUGGGUUCAUUGGGGAGCAGGAGGAUGUAGCCAAGCUGAAGUUGCUCCUCAGCGACCGGGCCCAGCAGGGCAGUUUCUGCCUCAACUUUGACUACCGUGUGGUGGGCCAUAAAGUGGGAACGCUCAGGGUGCUGCUGGAUAACAAUGCUUACGCAGUAUGGGAGCAGAGCCAGAGCAGAGACCAGGGCUGGCAGACGGAGCUCCUCACGGUGGCCUGGAAAGAGGAGGCACCAGAAUCUAUUGUCUUUGAAGCUCAGCGUGGGAAAGGUGUUGGAGGAGAGAUCGGGCUGGACAAUGUUGUGCUGACCUCGGGGCCCUGUGAAGAGGACGUCGGCCCUGACUUUUAAGAAUCUCCGCCCCGGAUUUACACUUUGAACAUCUGCUCUAACUGACACAUGUCAAAAAUCCCUGUUUCCUGUUCAUAUUAUGGUCUCUUUCCUGUGGAGUUCCUGGAAGUUUUCUCACGGCUUAGCCACAGGGCGUCCCCACAAACAUACAGACACAUGGUGUCAAGGGAAGGUUGUGUACAAUCGGUGCAUGCAUGUUUACUCUACCACCGUGCUGCUACAAUAAAUACACCCUGCUACGUUCUCUGUCGUGAUUGUCAAAACAGACUCUUAUGACACAUAACUCAGAUCUCAGGAAUACAUGGAAAUGCCUACUUCGUCUGUUAGAUAGGUUGAACAGUAUUGUGCGUAGUCCAUUGUUGUGUAUGUGAUAGUGCAUUGCUGAAGUUAACUGAAAAUAGCCUUGACAUGUAAUGUGAAUUCUUAGGUGAAUUAUAUCUGAAAUCCAAUCUUAGAUGAAUAACUUUUUUUGAAGGCUGGUUAGUUUAAAAUGAUAA